GGAAGGAUCAUUGAUGGAGGUGAGGAGGGGAAAGAUCAUUGAUGGAGGUGGGGAGGGAAGGCCCAAUGAUGGAGAGGGGAAGGGAGGCUCAUUGAUGGAGUUGGAGAGGGAAGGCUCAUUGAUGGAGGUGGGUGGGAGGGAAGGCUCAUUGAUGGAGUUGGAGAGGGAAGGCUCAUUAAUGGAGGUGGGGAGGGAAGGCUCAUUGAUGGAGGUGGGGAGGGAAGGAUCAUUGAUGGAGGUGGGGAGGGAAGGCUCAUUGAUGGAGGUGGGGAGGGAAGGAUCAUUGAUGGAGGUGGGCAGGGAAAGCUGGUCUGUGUAUUCCAUUCCAAUAGAAAAGCUACUGGAACUCAAACUUCUGAAAAAGUGAAU